AUGAAGCGCUUCUUCGGCCGCUUCGCCAGCCGCCCGCGCGUCGCCGCCGGCCAGCAGACGCCGCCGCGCUCCGUGCCCGAGGGCAUCGCGCGUCCGCCGUACGCGGCGAGCGGCGGCAUGUCCGAGCUCAAGCCCUUCAUCCCCGUGCUGGACGCCGAGCAGCAGCUGCGACUGCGCGCCGCCUGCGCGCUGGCCGGAGACAUCCGCGAGUUCGCCAGGCCGCUGUGCCAAGCCGGCGCCACUACGGAGGACAUCGACCGCCUCGUGCAUGAGGAGAUCGUGCGGCGCGGCGCGUACCCGUCGCCGCUCAACUACGGCGGCUUCCCCAAGGCGCUGUGCUCGUCCGUGAACGAGAUCGUGGUGCACGGCAUCCCGGACAGCCGGCCGCUGGAGGACGGCGACAUCGUCAACAUCGACGUGUCGGUCUUUUUGGACGGCUUCCACGGCGACACCUCGCAGACGUUCCUGGUCGGGGACGUCGACGAGGCCGGGAAGCACCUCGUGGACGUGACCAACAAGGCGCUCAUGGGCGCCAUCGAGCUCUGCUGCAAGCCGCUCAACCGCUUCGCAGCCAUCGGCCACUUCGUGCAGACGCUGGCGGACAGGGAGGGGCUGGGCGUCGUGCGCGAGUACACGGGCCACGGCAUCGGCAAGGAGUUCCACUGCCUGCCUUUCAUCCUGCACCACCGCAACGGCGAGCCCGGCAAGAUGCUGCCGGGCAUGGCCUUCACGGUGGAGCCGGCGCUGACGGAGGGCAGUCCGGAGAUCGUGCACUGGGACGACGGCUGGACGGUGGCCACGGCAGACGGCGGCCGAUCCGCGCAGGCGGAGCACACGGUGCUGAUCACCGAGGACGGUGUUGACAUCUUGACGUAG